CUGGUCCAUUUUGCAGUGGUUGUUCUCACACACAAACACACAGAUCUCGCAAACCGUCGAACAUGUCCAAACCCUGGGGUGUUAUCGGCGCCUGGGCCGCCGAGGCCGAGCGCGCUGAGGCUGAGGAGCUCGCGGCAGCCCAAGCCGCCGAGUCCCAGAGCUUCCCGAGCCUCAAGGAAGCCGUCACCGCCAAGCCCAAGAAGAAGAAGACCACCCUCUCCCUCUCCGAAUUCACCCUCGGCUCCGCUUACUCCUCCGCCGCCCCCACCUCCGGCUCCACCCGCCUCACCCCCGACGAGAUGCUCCGCCUCCCCACCGGCCCCAAGGAGCGCACCCCCGAGGAAAUGCAGUACGGCAGCCGCGGCUUCUCCUCCUACGGCCGCCCCGGCCCCAAUCCGGGUCGGGGAAGGGACCGCGACGACUCCGACGGGUCCUGGGGCGGAGGUGGUGGCGGCGGCAGAAGACCCUACGGCGGAUUCGACGACGACCGGAGGGGCCCGCCUUCUAGGGCUUCAGAUUUGGAUUUGCCGUCUAGGGCUGACGAGGUCGACAAUUGGGCCUCCGCUAAGAAGCCUCUUCAGUCUUUCGAUUCGGGUCGGCAGAACCGCUACGGCGGUGGCGGAGGAGGCGCGAUCGGCGGAGGGUUCUCUAGGGCUGACGAAGUUGAUAACUGGGGCGCUGGGAAAAGGCCUGUCCAGCAGCCAGCUAGAUCAUCCACAUUCGGGUCCGGGUUUCGCGAUUCGGGCCCUGAACCCGAUCGCUGGGCUAGAGGCGUACCUGUUAGUGGUGGUGAGAGAGAGCGGCCUAGGUUGGUUUUGGAUCCCCGGAAAGACGUAAAUGACCCUGCAGUUCAGGUGGUGAAGAGCAAUAAGCCGAGCCCUUUCGGCGCGGCGAGGCCGAGAGAGGAGAUUCUAGCUGAGAAGGGAUUGGAUUGGAAGAAGCUGGACUCAGAUAUUGAGGCCAAGAAGACGAGUAGGCCGUCCAGUGGGCAUUCGAGCCGGCCCACGAGUGCUCAGUCGAGCCGGUCUGAGGGUGUGGGGGUGCAUGGGACUGACAAUGUGGUGAAGCCGAGGCCGAAAGUGAACCCGUUUGGGGAUGCCAAGCCGAGGGAAGUGUUGCUGGAGGAGCAAGGUAAGGAUUGGAGGAAGAUUGAUCAGCAGUUUGAGCAUCGCGUGAUUGACAGGAUUGAAACUGAGGAGGAAAAAGAUUUAAAGGAAGAAAUAGAAGGUUUAAAGAAGGAGCUUCAAUCAACAAAUAACGUGAACAAUGAAACUGUGCAAGAUUCUAGUGCCACCCAGCCAAGUUUACAUGAUAUAGUACGUCAAAAGGAAAGGGAUUUAGAGUUGCUGAUCCGUGAUUUAGAUGAUAAAGUCCGAUUUGGGCAGAAAGCUAUUGACAGGCCUGGGUCUGGAGCAGGAAGGCCUGGGUCUGGAGCAGGCAGGGCUGGCAGCUUUCUUGACAGAACUCCUUUUCAGUCUGGAUCGUAUGAAGAUUCUAGAAAUAUGGAAUAUAUGGAUAGACCACGUUCACAUGGCAAAGGAGAUGCAUGGGGAAGGCCGUCUGAUGACAGAAGGGGAUUCCAAGGUAACAGGGAAAGGGGAUUUCAAGGUAAUCGAGAAGGGGCAUACCAGAGUAGCAGGGAAGGAGGAUACCAGGGUGGCAGGGAAGGAGGAUUUCUAGGGAACAGAGACUUCCACAGGUCAAGUUCAAGAGAGAGAUGGUGAACAACGAAACUGUGCCUAAUGGAUUCAUUGAAUUUAUCUUCUACCUUUGACAAGCAGAAUCAAAUAAUUUUGGCGUCUCUCUUUUUGUUUUCUUCAUUUUGCUCCGGAAAAUGGAGCAAGCAUUAUUGAUUACUGGCACCGGGAGAAAGUCUUGCGUUGAUCUAUUGUUACUGCUCGAACCCAUGUAAAAUUGCGAUUUUCCCUACCUUUUUAUUUGUCUGUUCUAUAUCAGGGAGCCUGUAUUGAUCUUAGGAUCCAAUUUUACUAAACACUGGGACUUGCUAGACUA